AAUAAGAUAUCUUUUACUUGUUUUAGUUUGCCUCACAGAGUCGCUGUUCUCGCGAGAUUUCAUACCGGAAGUGAGGAGCGCGGCAACAUAAACAUUCAUGGCGGGGAGACUGAAGAAACAAGCAAAAGAUGCUGUAAAGAUCAUAGGAUGUGGCAGCGCUCUGUUCCUCGGGUACCUCACAGCAUCCGGAGAUGAGCGCUUCUAUGCUAAUGCUCUUAUGCCUGUGCUGCAAAGGAUUGUGGGAGCAGAGACAGCCCAUUUCUUGUCUGUGCGGUUCAUCGGACUUGGUCUUGUGCCCUGUAACCGCUACAAGGACCCAACAUCUCUGGAGGUUAACGUGUUUGGUAAAAGGUUCCAGAACCCUGUCGGGUUAGCAGCAGGUUUUGACAAGCACGGUGAAGCAGUGGAUGGACUCUAUAAAGUGGGAUUUGGUUUCGUUGAGGUCGGGACAGUCACACCAAAACCACAGGAUGGAAACCCGAAACCACGUGUGUUUAGAUUGGUGUCAGACCAGGCGGUCAUUAACCGAUAUGGAUUCAAUAGUUGUGGCUUUCCUGAAGUAUACAAGAGGCUGAAGGCCAGACAGCUCACACAGUCAGCGCUGACGGCAGCAGGUAAACCUCUCGGCAUCAACCUCGGCAAGAAUAAGAUUUCUACGCAGGCGGUGUCAGAUUAUGUGGAGGGGGUGCGGACGUUGGGCCCUCUCGCUGACUACCUGGUGAUUAAUGUGAGCAGCCCUAACACGCCGGGCCUUAGAGACCUACAGGGAAAAGAAGAACUGCGCCACCUUCUGGACAAGGUGCUGAAGGAGCGAGAUUCUCUGCCAAGUAAGAAUCGCCCACCGGUCCUGUUGAAAAUCGCUCCUGAUCUUACUGCUCAGGACAAAAAAGACAUUGCAGAAGUCAUCAUGGAGGUUGGUGUGGAUGGUUUAAUAGUUUCAAACACAACUGUUUCCAGACCCGAGACUCUGAAAGACCCCAAAAAACAUGAGAUUGGAGGACUCAGCGGUCAACCUGUUAAAGAAAUGUCCACGCGCACGGUGCGAGACAUGUACUGCUUGACCAAAGGAAAGAUACCCAUCGUUGGAGUUGGUGGGGUGGCCAGCGGGCAGGAUGCUCUGGAUAAGAUCCGUGCUGGAGCGUCUUUAGUUCAGCUCUACACGUCUCUGGUUUACCAGGGUCCACCUGUUGUCGUCAAGAUCAAAAGAGAACUGGAUGAUCUUCUGAAGGAACAGGGUUUUGGAUGUGUAUCAGAAGCAGUAGGUGCAGAUCACAGACCCAUUGAGACGACAACACAUACACCAGCCCAAGAGAAAGAGACACAUAGUGACUGACCUCAGAACUGUCAGCAUUUACUCCAGGACAUUUCUCAAGUGACACAGGUGGGAUUGGAAUUGUAAGGGGAAAAAUAAAAAUAUCCAUCCGUUUGACCCAACGGCGGAAACCAAACAUCAUCGCACGUUCUGUCUUUUCCAAUGACGUUUUAACAUUACCCAACUUAAUAUCUGACUACAAAAGAUAUGAAACGUGUCAUAAGUAAUUCUGAAUCAAAUUGAUAUAAUUGUAGAAUUUGGAUAAACGUUUGAUCAUUCUAUUUAUUCAUGUUUACAUUGAACUUGUUCAUACGAGUGUCAUAUCAGCCCACACCGGCCAUUGUGUGCAUUCUGAAACAUAAAGCUCGACCACACCAGAGGUCUGGCAACACCGGCCACUGUAACCAUCUAUAUACAACUUGAUAAAAACCCAUAAGAUGAUCAGAGGUCCAAACUAGCGCCUUCUAAUUUGGUAUAGCGAAUCAUAUACUAUACAACAACUUAAUCAAAGUAGGGGUAAUAACCAGAGGUCCAGGCGUAUCUCCUUAUAACCUGCCUAUAGUAGUGUAGUUGCUGGACAUCUUAGUUAGCGGUAUAAACAAUUAGCAUGACUUUAUACCCCGGUCGUAGAUUUAUGGUAACAAAAGAUAUCGUUAUACUUUAUAGUAACUUUGAAGAAUCAACAAAACAGAGCAAAUUAGAAUGAAUGCAAACGUAACAAUUUAUUAGCCAGGUAGGAAGGUCAUAAUUCAAAGCCAAUUUACAAUCCAAUUAAAACACGAAGAAACAAAUAUAAUCAAAUGAGAAUAAUGCAUACCUGGCAAUGAGAUGAAGAUCUGGUUACAGAUUCCUUAAAAAGAAAUAAAAAACAUUAUGCUAUAUCAAAGAUACAGCGUCAUGGGGGUUCCUUUCUGCAUAUAGAAAAUCCCAUCCAAAUCUUUUACCAUUUUUCUUAAAUAUCCAGAGAACAAAGCAUUGUAAUAAUGAUAUACUGAUUGUGUGGCAGUGCAGAAACUUUCUGCUACUAUAUGUUUACAUUAUUAUUAGGGGCACCUAUUGUAAUUGUCAGUAUUAUUAUUCUUCCUCUUCUUCUUCUUCUUCCCCAAUGGGAGUCUAUGGCAGCCCUAUGAACCGUAAGUAGUAGAAUGAUGAAAUUUGGCACAGUUGUAGUGGUGGUCCUAAAUAGUCAUGUGGCUAAAAAUUGGGGUCUCUAGCACUAACUCUAUAGCGCUACCAGCAGAUAAAAAAUUCAAUGUUCAAAUGGUUAUAACUGCUGAUCCGUUUGAUCUAUGAAAAUUCUACUUAGUACCCAUGAUUGCUCUCAUCAUGCUUAUUGCUUGUUGUUUUUAAUUUCUUGGUGUCUAUGGAUUCCUUGGCUCAUGCCGCAUCUGUCGAUGUGUAUUAUGCCGGGUUUGACCAAACCGCCUGUCCGCCAUUUUGAAAUUUGACAUAAAUUGUUAUAUCUUUUGAACUAUUGGAGAAAUCGGUAGGGAGCUUUGGCAUGAUGCCCUAAACGUACCUGGGAAGUCAGAGUACAGCGCCACCUAGAGGUUAUGAACUAUAACAGUUCUUAUAGAAGCUGCGCCUUGCGUGUUUGAUGCGCUGUAUGGUGCUUGCUGUGCUUUGUGUGCUUGCUGUGGUUUGGGUGCUCAUUGCGCUGAAGGUGCUUGGCCCCAUAUCGUUGCUUGCAGCUAUAUUUAUUAUUAUUAUUAUUAUUCAUGUUUGUUUCCGUGAAUCGAUCGUAUGAAAGGAAGGAGUAAUAGGUGGAGCUAACCUGAAAGAACCGGAAGGAGAUAAAAGGGACUGCGUCGCAUCCAGAAGUACUGCGUCAUUGUUUUGUUUACCUGGUGAGAGUGUUGGCCUGCCGUGAGAGGACAGAUGUUGUUCGGAUGAUGGCUUUUGAGUUUAUUGACGAGUGCACCGUAGAGCUUUAGCUUUGGAUCGUGUGAGCAUCAUUCCCAGUCGAUAACUUGUGAUAAGCUACGGACAAUUGUAUUGUUUUCCUUGAUGGGUUUUUUUGUAAAAACUAGAAAUGUUUUCGAAUUGCCACGUGAUGUAGCAACUGCUCAGUGUCAGUAAUCCUAAAUCCAAAAUACCGCCUUAAACAGACGUAGAGUUUUUUUAGCUACCAGAUCACUGUCAAUCUCCUCUGCAUCCAUCUUCGCUCUGGUAUUUCCGCACUGCGCACACACAAGUGACGACGCACGCCACACACUUGCAUGCCACACGUGCACCGCCUUUUUUGUUAAUUUUUCUUUCUUUUUUUUAAACAGCAAGGAAAAUCAUCAAACUGUUAUCAGAAAGUUUGUGUUAACAAGUCCACACAUUUAUUUAUUUAAUAUAAUUGCAACAUUUUGCUGUCAUAUAAUCGCACAGGCUGACAUCGCGAUUGCGAUGCGAUUAAUUGUGCAGCACUACUCAUAAGAUUCAAACAUCACUCACGAUUGAAAAUGUAUGUGCCAUUUUUGUCUGUUUUCAUGUUAAAGAUAAUUGGUUAUUAGAGGAUUUGUCACUUGAUUUAUGUAUGAAUGUAUAUGCCGAUUAUUUAUAAAUAUUUAUCUUUUUCUUAUUGUAUGUGCACUCUGUAAAAUCUUAUGGAAAAUGAACCAUCAAGAUGACGCAGUCCAUACCCCGCCUGUAUUGCUAUACAACAUUGACAUUUAAACUUUUCAUCCUUUUCAUUUGACUUACCUGAAAUAAACCACAAGCACCAAACUGCA